CAACACUAUGCACAUAUUUAUAUGAACAACAGAAAAACAUAAACAAUCCAAGUGCCUAUUGCCCAGCUGGAAAUGUUCGAGUUUUUAAAACAUCUCUUUAAACUACAAUUCCUACUUAUUGUAGCCGCUGCACUUACCGGUGUUUACUACAAUCAAAUUAUAAGUUGGAUAGUGUAUAAAACUGGCGAUUUAACGAGCGAAAGCUUAGCAGUUCAUUACGAAAAUUCGAACGAACCAUUAGCAAGUGAGCAACUCUUCACACGUGAUGAAUUGGCAAAUUUCAAUGGUGAAAAUGGCGCUCCUUUAUAUUUGGCCAUAAUGGGUACUGUUUUUGAUGUGUCCAAGGGCAUCAAACACUAUGGGCCAGGCUGUGCAUAUAAUUUCUUUGUGGGACGCGAUGCUUCGGUGUCAUUCAUAAAUGGCGAAUUCGAAAGCUAUGACGAAGAAAAAUCCGACGAUGUUGUCACCUUAAGACCCAGCGAUCUAAUAAGUUUGGAAAAUUGGCAACAAUUUUAUAGAAAAGAAUACAUAUAUAAAGGUAAACUCAUCGGACGCUUCUACGAUGGCAAAGGCGAGCCAACCCAGUAUCAGCUGAAGUACUUGGCGCUUUUAGAACAAGCAAAGCUGGCUAAAACGCAAGCUGAGCAACUACGUGAAAUUUAUCCAGAUUGUAAUAUUGAGUGGUCAGUCGAACGAGGAACGCAUGUGUGGUGUACCAAAACGAGUGGUGGCAAGCACCGGCAAUGGGUCGGAUUGCCACGGCAACUUUUUGAAAUUGGUGCCAGUAACUUUCGUUGUGCUUGUGUGCAAGAAGCCGACUUGAACACAACCGAGGUGAUGUUAAAGGAAUAUGAGAAUUGUGCGCCACAUGCUCAUGAGUGUUACUACAAAGUAGAUUAAGAGUAGAUUAUUAUAAAGCAGCUUAACAAAACAUUCUAUAGCGGCAUAUGCAAGUUAAAUGUAUACCCAAAUGUUGAUACAAAUAUAAAUGAGCAAUAGAGAAAAUAUACAGCACUGUAGACUUAAGUAUUUUAUGUACUUAAAAGCAAAUUUAUUUGUUUUAUAAAAAAAACGUAUUUACACUUGACAUAUCCAAGAAGUUAGAGCCAUUAGUGUUCAUGUUUUGUACCAAUAGUAUCUACGAAUAAAAAUCUUUUUAUAUCAAA